UAUUUAAAAUUAGCAUUUAUCAGGAUGACAACAAACACUGCUGUGAGAACCAAAUGUACGGGCUCGUCUGUUCAGUGUUUCCAGGAUUGCGAAGGAGCCUUUGCAUUUGCUCAGAUGACCCGUGCUGUCACUGCUCACCUGGGGAAUGCAGCAGACAUGACCGUCCGUGCUGCACAUGCCUAGGGGAUUAGAUAAACCUGAGUUUUGUGAAGUGACGAAGCAGCGUUUAUCAAUCAAGCUCUUUUGCUUGCACUGAGGAACGUCAGUAUGUUUCCACUUUUAUCUCGUGGGGGUAACAUAAAUGGCAGCUCUCAAACAUGAUUUACCUUAAAUAUCAGCAUUCCUUCAUUUCUACCUCACUUUCUUAGAAGCUCAGUGCAUGUUAUUAUUAUUGUUAUUUCACCUGUAAUUACACACGAUUCCCAGGUUGAAGAUGUGUGGCCAUGCUGGGGCUUGCUCAUGUCAUAUUCUGGAUGUUGUUACAGGUGUGAGGACAAAUGCAACAUUUCAGCUGCAUUGCAUCUGAGUCACCUUCUUUUCCAAGUAAUUAGCGACAGGAAAGAGCAGGUAUCAACAUGCAGCUUCAUGCUGUGACCGGGAUGGGCGUGGUGAAGGUGCACAGGCGAAUCAGAAGGCAUGUUGUGAAUUCUAGUUCAUCUCUGUAAAUGACUGCGUGGGUUGUCUGAGCUGGUGCCUCGCUCAUUUUCCUCUUUCAGCCUGGCAGCACAGGUGCAAAGGACGAAACAAGCAUGAAUCUGUACAAGAGCUUUGGAAACCUCAUGGAGACUUGGGUAACUGAAGAAGACACAAGUCCCGACUCAGAGUGGCUUCAGCGCAAUGCUAAAGACCCUCCAACACCUUCCUCAGAGAUGGAAACAAACGGGCGCUCAGAAUCAGUGGACUCUGGAGUGGAGACGGCCAGCUGUGACACAUGUUUUCGUGGUACAUCCUCCUUUGCCUCAACAGAAAUAGAAGGAGAAGAUCUCACUCCAGCAUUAACAGCGCAGUCUCCUGUGUUCUCCUCUCCCAAUCCCACCUGCUCCUCUUCUUCAUCCUCGCUUCUAUGUUCCAGCAGCGCUCGGAAAGACUGUACUGCCUUGCACCUUAAAUUAGAGCAAGCGCUACAAAGGACUGAAUCUAUGUAUUCAAAGGGCAACUCAGAGCCCCCAGCACCAGAAGAAAUGCUCAGUCGGCGGCCUCAACAGUCUUGUUCUAUCAAACGGCACACAUCGGAGUUAGUAAGAGGUCAAAGAUCAGACAGACUUGACCAAAGAAGGACAGUCAGUCCACCUGUUUCCAUUCAGCCAAUGUCAGAAAUGUGCACACGGACUCAGUCUAUGAAGAGUAACAGGCGGACAUCAGAGGACUUUGGUUGCAAUGAGAUAAAAGAACUGAGUCCUGGGUUCAUCUACCUGGAGCAGGUGUGUCAGAAGCUAGAAGAUAUUGCAAGGCAGCAGAUGGAAAACCGAGCGCUGCAUUUGCAGGCAGACGUCCUCGUAAAACAGAAAGUCUUCCAAGUGAGCCAGACUCCUGACAUCUGUCAGACUGACUCUGUAACUGCAGAGAAGGACUUAACCACUUGUCAAAGCCUUGAAGAUACAGUAAAUGCAGAGCAUGUUAGCAGUGAACCCAAGCAGCGGAAAUACGGACAUUUUCGGCAGAGAUCAGCUUCAGAUACAACUCUUGCCAUGAUGCACUUAAAAAAAGUGAAUGCAGACUGCAGAGGGCAGCAUAUGAGUACACAUGACUUACUGGAGGAGCUUGAGGAAGACCAAGAAAAUCAGGAAUCCACAGUGGAGGAGACAAAAAAACCUCAAAUGAACUGGAGGAAAAAAAUCCUGUCUUUGAGAAGAGAGGGGUCUACUGCUUCAUAUAAAAGGAGCCAACAGAUGCAGCCAUCUGAGAAAAACUCGACCCGUCGAAGGCUGAGCCAGCUGUUCAAGAGGAAAGACAAAACUGUAUAAAUGGACCACAGUGUCUGGCUUGAUGUUUCGAUGUUAGAGAUUCUGAGGAGAAAAGGCUUUUCUUCAAAACUACAAGCACUUUAACCGCUUUUAAAACGACUUCCUAUUCAUCCAUUUAUGCACCAUCCUGCUGUAUUAUAUGAAUGCAAAACGUAUACUUGCUUCUAAAAACUUCAUAUUGAUAAAUAAAGGCAAUUUCAGUACUGUUUUUUUUUUUGACUGGGAAGUAAAUGGAUAACUGGUUCUCUCAUUAUUUACAGUUAGCAUAACAAAAAUGUCAUUUGUUACUGUUUUUAACAAUUUAAAGCAGGCUAUACUGCAAAUGUCAAAUAAAAGAAUGAUGCAAAUACUUCACUGAA